UGUUGUUGGUCGCCCCGCCCUGCACACGCGCUCUCAUCACGCAGAUGCGUAAUUUGACAAACCAGCGCAAAACAGCGGCGAGUCAGAGUCUGACAGCUGCUCGAGCCCACAGACUGCUUCCUAACAUCGCCGCAGUUUAUUAGCUGAUCUUCUCCGGCCACGUUCUAGGAGAGGUUUCUCUGCGUUUAUGGCCGCUGCCAUAGGGAACAAUAAUAAUGAUGUUUGGGGGAAGGACGCGCCGUCUUUCCACUCCACACCGCUGACACCCCACGGUCGGAGAGGUGAAGAUCACGGACAAGUGCUUUGUGACAGGAAGAGAGAUGCUGUCCCGGGAAACUCAUCCAUUCAUGUCUACAAUCCGGGUAAAUCAGAGAUAGACGUCUACUUGUGUCCGCACCCACAGGAUGUUGUAAAUUCCAAAAUGCUGUGCAGGGAUGGCAGCCUCACGCUGGAGCCACCUUUCACCGAAGACUUCACCUCCCCUUACAGUGUCAACAUGAACUUGUUCUUUCCUGAUGUCACGCGCCUGCACCCUGGCCUCUCCAGGACUGUGACACAGAUCAAAACAGAGCCAUUGCACCCCAGCUGCCAGGGAAACGAAGUACCAGCAGCUCUUCCAGAAUACUCAGGUGUUUUUAAGGCAGUGGAUACUCCCAGUGGUGGCUUUUGCAUCAAACAAGAAAUGCCAGACCUUCAAGACUUUUCCAUGUUUCAGCUUUUGAACACUGAUUUGGAGAAGCUUACUCAUGGAUUGCAGGUGAACCACGUCCCCAUGACCCCAUUAAGUCUUCCAAACGAAAACAGUUAUCCAGGUCCUGAUCAAAAUUCCGCUAAAUCUGCAAACAGCUUGCAGACUGAAUGUUUUCUAUUUAAUCCACACUUGGGCCAUGAGUUUAGACCAACAUAUUGGCCUCCAUCUCCGCCAAACUCUGAGCCUUCAAGUCCAGACAGAAGCAAAGAACUGCUUCACCUCUCCCCACCUCCCUCCUAUGAAGCCAGCAUUGCCUCUAAGUUUCAGACUGCUCGAUCCAUCAAUCCUGGACAAAUCAUGACUCAGAUUCAAGACCAAAACUUCACUGCUGGAUUCAUUCAAAGCCCAGGUGUGGGAGCGGUCCAGCAGUCCACCCUGGUGCCAGUUCAGAUAUCACCAGGUGUUGGUUCUUCAUCCCCGGUGUUGGCACAGUCAGCUCCAGUCAAGUACAAUCGGAGGAAUCAUCCUGAUCUUGAAAAACGGAGGAUUCAUCACUGUAAUGUUCCAG